AUGGACCAGAUGGGAUUUUAUUCUGGAGGCUCCUACGAAAGCAGCAUGAACUCUAACGUUCCUCUCGGUAUUUAGUUUAAACCUUAUUCUUCAUGAGUUUCAGGUGACUCUAUUUCAAGUGGGAAUAUUUCUUUGUCGGCUUAUCGAAAGACCAACGCAGGUGCCGCAGGAAAACUGCUCGAAAACAAAGGCUUCGGCUGGUUGUUGGAAGUCAAUGAAGAAGAAGAAAACCAACUUCCUCUACUGUAAAAUUCUAAAAGACUAUCUUAUCGUCAAUCAGGAACUUUAGGGAAGAGCUCGACAUUGAUCUCACUGAUAUUUAUUAUAAAAUUCGGUGUGUUCUGCUCCCUCUACCGUACUUCAGAAUGAAGCUGAACAUCGUCCGAGAAUCCCCAGACUUUUGGGGUCCACUGGCUAUUGUUAUUUCUUAUGCACUACUCUCCAUCUACGGCCAGUUCAGCGUGAGUAUUUUCUCUGAAAACUUCUAAUCAUGUCUUCUUUUGAACAACUUUCCUGUUUAAGGUCGUUUCUUGGAUUUUAACUAUUUGGUGCUGUGGCGGAUUCAUAGUUUAUUUUAUUGCACGGGCCUUAGGAGGAGACGUCGGGUACACCCAGGUUCAGAAUCUUUUCAGUUUAAAGGAAAUAAAUUUUCAGGUUCUUGGAGUGAUCGGAUACUGUUUGAUUCCACUUGUCGUGAUGUCUCUUGUUAUACCUCUCUUUUCAAGGUAAUCAAUUUUGCAUUCGUGAAUUUAAAUGAGAGAACCGCUGAGAAUUCGAAGGGGUUUCAGAAUUUACUGUCUUUUCUCAAAAUUUUGAAUUUGAAAUAGCCAGCAGCUCGUCUAACACUUGCUUUUUUCAACAGUUUGCUCUGGAAAAUGAUAAUAUUUUGAGUGUUCCGAUUGUGGCGAAGGCUCUCGGGAUGUUCGGCACUGCGUGGAGCGUCUACAGCGCGGGAACUUUGUUGUGCGUCGACGAGUUGCAGACGAAAAAGCCUCUAGUCAUCUACCCCGUCUUCUUGUUGUACAUUUACUUUUUCUCUUUGUAUUCAGGCGUUUGA